UGGCAAACGCGCCGAAACAUUCCACGGCUCCAUGACCCAAUACCUCCAUGUCCUCCGCAAACCGCUAACGAGAAAGCCUCCUCCAGAAUCGCAUAGACAAAAUGCCUGUUCGGCGGGCUUCGGGGCCUGCUUCGCCGACAUUGCGUUCCUCGUCUUCAUCUGUUGAGAGCGAGAGCUAUGAGCUCUCCAAACGGACGUCAGCUCCCCCGGAGGAAUUUACCCUGGGCGAUGAAGAAGACGAGGAUAUAGAGGCUUCGUCGCCUUCGCGUGGGCUGCUGGGUGAUCAGGAUAAGAAUUACACUACGGUUGUAUCCUCGCGCCGUCUGAAGUGGAGCGUGUGCUUGUCGUUCUUGAGACUAUGCUGCCGGCGGCCUGGGAGUCUACGGAGGAGGUGCUGGCAGGUUUCGACGGUGCUGCUUUCGGCGGUGGGGCUGUUACUGGUUUUCACAUUCAUUUUUAAUCCCUCGUAUACGAAGACCCAGUAUCCGGAGAAUUACGCUGCUGUCACGAACGCUGUGCGGAAUGGUGGCGGGGUGAACCCUCAAGAGUUUUGGCGGGGAAAGAGUGGGAAGAAGGCCACAAAGUCGGGACGGGGAAAUCCGGCCGGCGAGAAGGUUUUCAUUGCAGCGAAUAUAAUUGAUGCGGAUCUGAUUAAUGGGGCUUGGGGAAAUGCUGUUAUGGAACUCAUGGACUUGAUUGGGGGAGGGAAUGUAUUUUUGAGUUCGUAUCUCCCUCCUGAUCCCAGGGGUGCUUGGCUGUGUGAUAUAUUGACUUUGUUUCAAAAGGUAUUUUCGAGAACGAUUCUGGACCGGAGACUAAAGCUGCCCUUGAGGAUCUGGAUAAACUGAUUGCCGAAAGUAUUCCGAAAGCUGGUCGAUCGAUUGUCUCCACUACCCUGCCAUUGGCUGCUAUUCCGAGAGUUAAGCUGCCCAAUGACAAAACCUACGUCAAGCGAAUAACGUAUCUUGCCGAAGUCCGCAACCGCGCAUUGCUGCCUCUGGUCGGUUAUAUUCCCUCUCUUGGGCGUUGGGGUAUCACCGGCCCGCCCCAGAUACCCAAGGUUCACAAACCCGCGCCUGGUGAAAACGAGAGUACAGAAUGGGAACAGGUGCCGGAGAAUCUUGAUCCUAAGGACGCCCCCACACUCCCGGAGCGAUGGGUGGAUGGUCCAGAGAAGUACAACAAAGUUCUAUUCCUAAAUGACGUUGUAUUUGAUCCCGUUCAAGCACUCCAUCUACUAUUUUCCACCAAUCAAGGGAAAUACCAAGCCGCUUGCGGAAUGGACUUCAUUAAUCCCUUCAAGUAUUAAACCCCAUUUAUCCAUUGACUAUUCUCUAAUUCACACUCUCUAGAUAUUAUGAUACUUUUGCAACACGUGAUAUUGAUGGGUACAAUCUGGGCGUGCCCUUCUACCCCUACUUCGCCCCGGGCAGGAGCAGAAAGGCUCUGCAGGGUGUCACCGACGCCGUACCCGUACUGAGCUGCUGGGGUGGUAUUGUAGCCUUCCAAGCGAACGUGUUCACGAAGGAAAACCCAGUCCUAUUCCGCUCCUCCAAAGAACCCUACUGGGACGCCUCAGAAUGCUGCCUCAUCCAUGCCGACAUCCGCGCGCCCAAUGCAACAUAUAUGAACCCAUACAUCCGAGUGACGUAUGACUUAAGCACCUUUGGUUGGCUGCCUAUGGUUAAGCGAAUAGAAAAGCUAUUUGCCGGACCGCACUGGCUGAUUGGAAGGCUGGUCGGAAUGCCAUGGUCGGGGGAACGACGAAAAGACGUUGACAGCGGUGGGUACUGUGGAAGUUGGAAGUUGCUUGUCAUGAAAGAGGAGGAGGAAGGCAGGGGCUGGAAAAAUCUGCCGGUGCCGGAGGAUAGGGGAAACUAGGGUUGGGGUUAAGGAAGGCGUUUAGCAUUUGGAUUUCGAUUUAGGUUUGGAUAUCAUAGGGGAUCGUCAAUGCAGAGCUGUGGAUACCGUUGUGGGGUUUAGAAAUUUAAUGAUUGGUUUUGGCGUGAUCGUUGGUCUUUUCGUCUCCUGUAAUGCGGCUGCACAGUCUUCGGUUUCCUUUGGGUUUUUUUGUUGCAAUGGGUCCCUUUGUGCACGAGAUCCCCCGUCUAUGAUAUCACUUACUUACCGUAAGGGGUACCCGAAGUGAAGGCAAAGGCGCUCGGACGUUGAAACUUGAAAUCUCCUAGCUGCGCGAGGGGGAGACACCGCAAACCCUGCCCUCGGCUGGGAUAGAGGAAACGGU